UCCGCUACGUCGCGUUCGCUUAGACCGCACUUGACUCUUUGUUUACAUCAGAGUCAAGAAGGAAACGUUUGUAGAUUUUGUUAUUGAAGGAUUUCUCUUUUGUCUUUAAGGACUUAUUAAGUGUUUUUAUCAAAAAAUGCCUAAAGUGAGACGUAGUAGGAAGCCUCCUCCAGAAGGAUGGGAGUUAAUUGAGCCGACUUUGGAGGAACUGGAUCAGAAGAUGAGAGAAGAGGGAAAGAUUGUCGAAUGUGUUCACUGUGGAUGUCGCGGCUGUUCUGGAUGAGGAAGACAUUAUAACAUGUGCAUGAAUCGGGUUCACUUGUCAUGCAGUACCCAGAGACCUGAGGACCAUAACAUUCUGGCAAUAUUUAAUCAGAAUUUAGUGUAUAGGUUAAAGAUGUUAAU